AUGGGCAUGGGCUUGGGUCUUGGCCUCGGUCUUGGCACCAUGAGUCAUGGCACCACCGGUACCCUGACGCCCCACGGAGUGGCCACCGCCACCUCGCCCACCGCCCAUUCGGCACCGCUGGGCAAUAUCUGCAACACGCUGCCACAUGCACCAAGCUCCUCCUGCGGCAGCGGCGGCGGCCUAUCUUCCUCCAUGGCCAGCAACCUGCCACUGAACCGGAAUCUGGUAAUGCUGCGCAAUCAUCUGCGCAAGAAUACGGGCGGUAGCAUUACCGGAAAUGGCGGCGUAGGAGCUUCCGGUGUUGGAGCACAACUGCUGCAGGAUCAGGACGACAGGCUGGAGGAUCAAUAACCCAUUUACUACAUCAAGUUCUUAGUUUAGUCUCCCGUUGAGUUAGGUGUAUUUCAAUUGCUGUGAUUCGAUAGUGAAAACAAAAGGCCAACACGCGUCUUUCAGUUCAAAUGUAUAGUAUGUAUAGAGAGAGAUAGACAGACAGUUAAGUGAGAGAGAGAGAGAGAGAGAGAGCGGUAUAGUGGGGGAUGUGUUUAGAUAGUGCAGAGAUAGUCAGAGUCAGUCAAUCCUUCCUCCGAUAAUGUUGGCAUUUACACAAAUAUUUAACACUUAUA